ACGCGACGAGCAAAAAGGCAGAGCUUGGUUGCAUCAUCAUGAAUGAAUGCGAUAUUCAAAGUAUGAAAACAUAAAGCAGAAGGCGAGAUGCUAGAUGUACACUGUUACGCUAGAGACCGACCAAAAAAGACCACGUUGGACAGCUUGAAGCAAGGUGUCCUGAAGCUCUUGGCAUGUGACUGGGGAAGCUCCAAACAAACGCCGCCAACGCAAAAUGAUGCAACCCGAGUCUUUCGGAAACCCCCGACUUCUUCUUGCUGGCAGCCAUCAGGAACCCCCACGCUGUGUGGGAUAUUCGGGGAUAUGGCACUGCUACUAUAUAUUCACUCGGUCUGCUGGAUAUGCAUUCCGGCUCGAUUCUGACGGCUCAAGCUGCGAUAGAACCAGUCGUGCUCUAGUUGCUUUCCAGCCUUCCGAUCAACACGAUCGGCUUUCCCCGCACUCGCUAUGACAAUCGGCAUGCCACCAGUCGAGACCCUGGAUGUGUCUUUCUUGCCCAGGGAUAUUUUCUGGAUGAUCUUGGGCUACCUAGAUCCAGCAGAUAUUGUUCGUUGUCGUCGUGUCUGUCAGUCUUGGAAUGAAGCCUUUGGGAACCCAGCCGAUCUAAUCCCACUGUUGAGGAAAUUAUAUCCUCGAGCAAAGGAAGUCAGGGAACUGUGUGACAAUGACUCCUUUGAUGGAUGGCACAUGGAAUCAAGAGAUAAUGACUACUGGCGCAAGAUAUUCGACCAGGUUGUCUCUAGAUACACCCAUCUAGCUCGUGGCAAACCUCACUCCAUUCAGAGAUACAAGCUUUGUGAUGAUUUUGGCAGCUCUGGCGAGAGGGAAUGGUUUCAAGUGCAACCUUGGGAAACCCAUGCCAGUCAUUUGAUGCAACGCGUCGAUUGCCCUUUCUCAGAGACUUUUUGGACCUAUGAAGAUGGGUUGCUCGUCUAUCCAAGUGCCGAUGAUCAAUAUUUGGUCCUCCUGGAUCUGGAUAGUGACAGACGUUUCGUGGUACCAUUUAUAAUCACUGGGAAAGUGAUACGAAGAAUUCGAUUGCAAAAGAGGCUUCUUGUUGUCGAGUGGGCAGAGCCCAAAGCCUUUCAUUGGCUAAAUGACAGUGAUGGGGUCCAUCGUCACUUUGCAUCGUCUUUCGAAGUGACGAAAGGCCCUAGCGGCUGCAGCGUUACCUUUCGAAAUGAGUGGAAAAUAAUGUUCCUUGGUCACCCGUUGAGUGAAAGGGAUCGAUUCUAUUCAACGCACACCGAUACGCAUUACGCUAUUUACGUAUGGCAACCGAAUCGCAGUUUGUAUACUGCCGAUGAGGAUGCCCCAAUCGAGUCGCUUUUUAUUUGGGAUAUCUCGAAACCAUCAUCCUACAGACCCUCCUUAGAUCCAACGGGAUGUUUGAAAGAUCACCAAGGAGAUCAAGGCCCUUCUAUCGUCUCGCGGUUUACCUUCAGAGAGCUCGGUUUCUUUUCUGUUCGACAACGGGGCUUCCCUGGCAUACAGCGCUUAGAGAUUACCGAUGAUGCGCAUGCGAUCGAAAUCACUGAGAACUUAUGCACGGGACCAAUAGAUCGGCUUGUUGGGCCUGCUGAAUGGACGUCCAAGGUGCAGACUACAAGCAUUCCGCUGAUAGGAGAUGGACCAUGCUGGAGAAAAAAUACCGGGCUUGUGUUCCCCCCAUACCGUGGGAAUGGCAGUCUACAAUCGAUUCCUCUUACAUUUGCCGUCUGUGAUGAGCCCUGGUAUACUACCAUCUCAGAAGUCUUUGAUGAGCAGGCUGGAGUAGGUUUCUGCCUACAUCUUUCUCCCACAUCCUGGCCGUUUGACCUGGGUGUAUUUCUGAGUAUACGGACGCCAUCUUCACGCAUCACAUUGAAACAGAAAGAUAUAUUUGAGCUCACCGGCAAAGGUGCUAUUUUUGGAAACGAACGAUAUGUAGUCGGUGAGAGUGGAAAUCGUGAACUUGUCGUUUACCGGUUCGAUAGGUGAAAUUAUCGGAUCAGUCAACACUACUAGCUUUGAUAUCACAACAAAAUUACAAACCAGCAAGUCAUGGAGAAUACCUAGAAUGCAUAACCAUAAGCUUGUUUGCGAAACUCGCCAACACUAGACUGGAGACGGAUGUUGGCAAAAGUUUUCAGCAUAUUGCAGUAUGAUUUGAGCACGUGCUAAAUAACAAUAGCAGAGCAAAUAUAGGCACGUUGAUGUUAAUUUAAUUGAUAAAUUGUAAGAAAUACAAUACUUUUACCUCGUGGUCCG